AUGGUGAACACUUUGUCGUUGUACAAACCCUUGUUGCAUGGCCUAAUUAAGCUAGCUGUGGUGAGAGCCCAAGCAGUAGAGAUCGAGCCAGGGACAGUCAUCAAUUUCUGGCUCCCGAAUGAAACCACUACCAAGAAUAGACCUGCUGUUGUGUUUCUUCAUGGUUUUGGUUUUGAUGGGAUUCUGACAUGGCAAUUUCAGGUGCUCGCUUUGGCCAAGAAGUAUGCAGUUUAUGUUCCUGAUUUCCUCUUUUUUGGAGAUUCAAUCACGGAUAAAACUGAACGGUCACCUGCUUUUCAAGCAGAAUGCAUGGCUAAGGGUCUAAGGAAGCUUGGCGUGGAGAAGUACACCUUGGUUGGAUUGAGCUGUGGAGGGAUGGUUGGGUUCAUGAUGGCUGAGAUGUUCCCUAAUUUGGUUGAGUCAAUGGUGAUAACUUGUUCAGUUAUGGCCUUGACAGAGUCCACUACUCGUGCUGACCUAAUUCGCGAUAUUAUCCUAGAUGGUGAUCCGCCACGGCUAAUUAUCAUUUGGGCCGACAUAAUUAAAGAUUUUGAGGAGAGCGAUGCUUCACAAAUAGUUGGCCUUUCCCUUCCCGGAGCAAGAGCCUUCAUUUCUAGAGAGGGAGAGAUGGUGAACACUUUGUCAUUGUACAAACCCUUGUUGCAUGGCCUAAUGAAGCUAGCUGGGGUGAGACCCCAAGCAGUAGAGAUCGAGCCAGGGACAGUCAUCAAUUUCUGGCUCCCGAACGAAACCACUGCCAAAAAUAGACCUGCUGUUGUGUUUCUUCAUGGUUUUGGUUUUGAUGGGAUUCUGACAUGGCAAUUUCAGGUGCUCGCUUUGGCCAAGAAGUAUGCAGUUUAUGUUCCUGAUUUCCUCUUUUUUGGAGAUUCAAUCACGGAUAAAACCGAACGGUCACCGGCUUUUCAAGCAGAAUGCAUGGCUAAGGGUCUAGGGAAGCUUGGCGUGGAGAAGUGCACCUUGGUUGGAUUGAGCUAUGGAGGGAUGGUUGGGUUCAAGAUGGCUCAGAUGUUCCCUAAUUUGGUUGAGUCAAUGGUGAUAACUUGUUCAGUGAUGGCCUUGACAGAGUCCAUUACUCGUGCUGGCCAACAAAGAAUCGGCUUCUCAUCAUGGUCAGAAUAUUUGAUACCUGAAACUGUCAAGGGUGUGAAGAAACUGCUAGACAUUGCUUUCUACAAGUUGCCGUGGGUGCCUGAUUUUGUCUACAAAGACAUUUUAGAGGCCUUAUACUUUGACCACAGGAAGGAGAGACAUGAACUUUUGGAGGCGUUAAUUGUGAAGGACAAGGACUUCACUGUCCCUCAUUUUACACAGCGGAUUCAUCUCUUGUGGGGAGGGGAUGACAUAAUUUUCGACAUGGAAGAAGUUCGCGACUUGAUAGAGCUGUUAGAAGGCAAAGCAACGUUGCACUGCAUAGAGAGAGCAGGUCACGUGGUGGAAUUGGAGCGACCCUUUGUCUACAAUAGGCAACUCAAGAAUAUUCUUGCCUCUUUGUAUGUAGAAGGCCAGGAAAAUUAA